AUGCGCUUCUUUCGCCUGGGGGAAGUCAGGCCACCGACUGACGAUGAUUUCAUGUACUUCAAGGAAAUGGCACAAGAUGAAUCACACUGGAAGAAAAGUCACAGCCGAAAGAAAAUUAAAGUUUAUACCCGAGUUACAGAGGGAUCAAGCCUCAAAAUGAUUAAAGUGAUCGCAAAUCUCAAUGACGUGUCAGCAGAUGUCUUAUAUGAUACAUUACAUGAUCCUAUAUACCGCGAGAAGUGGGAUGGUACCAUGAAAGAGGGCUACGAAAUUUGUCUUCAUUCAUCUGAGAUUGCGUACAUUAACCGAGAUUUUGUGCUGCACAGAUCCUGGCGGGUCUACGGUUCGGAGUACAUCAUUUUCAACAGAUCAGUGUUUCAUAAGAAAGUUCCACCCAAACCGGAGUAUAUUCGUGCCCUGACCCAUUUGACAGGAUAUGUGAUUACCAGUACUGGCCCUUCCUCUUGUGAAAUGAUUUACAUCACUCAGAAUGAUCCCAGAGAAAAUGUAAAACGUACAGUUGUAGUUGUCGCAACGUUCGUGUUCAAUGCCUAUUCUUCCGGGUGCUUUUCCACACUUUGCGUGUUGCAAUGCAGUUGGGCAUAG